AUGUCUGACAAAGGAGGAAAGGCUGGUUCUCUGUUAAGCAAAGGAUCCCUAAAGGGGAAAGAUGAUAGUGCAACAAAAUCAGCAAAGGGAAGGAAGGUUCAAUUUGCCAAAGAAGCUCCAUUUGAAUCCAUACUAAACGGGCAAAAAUCUGGUGGAAAAGCUGAUUUUGGCAGAGGCAAAGGAGAUAAGAUUGCUAAUGGUGGAAGGAGUUCUGCGACAAAAGACCCGCAUCAAUUUGAACAUAGAGUUGAUCAAAAACUUCCUGACAAUUUCCAAUGCCUGAUGGACUGCGAGGCUGCAGUUAUGUUACAAGGAAUUCAAGAUCGUAUGGUUUCUUUAUCUAGAGAUCCAGCUAUCAAAAUCCCUGCAUCAUUUGACAAGGGACUGCACUAUGCUAAAAGCAGCAACAAGCAUUCAAAUCCCGAGUUUGUUAGACUCGCUCUUGAGCCUCUAAUGAAUCAUGGUCUCACUGAGAGCGAGAUAUGUGUGAUUGCUAAUGCGUACCCAGAAACUGCUGAUGAAGUUUUUGCUCUCCUCCCAUCACUAAAGGGUAAGAGGGGCAUUAACAGCCAACCUAUCGAAGAAUCGUUGAGUGAGCUUGCUAAGCUUAAACAGACAAUGUAA